AGACAGAAAUAUUCUAAGAAAUUAUCUUUUAUUCAAUGUAACAGGGAAGAAAAUUCUUGUGAUGAGAACAGAGCUGCAAAGAAUUUGAAGGAAGAAGGUGAAACCAAAGGGACACAUAAGAAAGGAAAUGGUGGUGAAGAAGAAGAAGAAGAAGAGGGGGAGGAGGAGGAGAAAAAAGAAAGGAGCGAACCAAUUCAAGUAAUUAAGGAAGUACAACUUAUGUUUGAUGUUGAAGCUGCAGAACUUCUACCAAUUGUUGUAAAGGGUCGUUUGAAAAAGGGCCGAUUUUUUGUUUUCCAUAGUGGUGAUGAACAUGUCAUACACUUGGUGCCAUCACUCUCUUCACAAGAACAUAUUUUUGUCUCCGAGGAGGAACCAAUUAAGGCUGAGGGAGCUUACCUUCAGAUUUAUUGUCCACAAAAUCUUAUUGAGAAAAUGGAAGAAGAAGUGGAGAUAUUUGAACAUUUAGAUGAGGGUAUGCCAGAACUUCCAAUGGUAUUUCAGUUUAAGAACCCCGACAUUUUUAUCACCAUAACAGACUGCAUUGAAACAGUGAAGGAAGAUGGAGAUGAAAAAGAACCAGAACAACAGCAACAACAGAAAGAAGAAGACAAACCCAACAAUGAAAUGUCAAGACAAACAGAAGAUUGUUAGAGAAUUAAGUUGGUUGAUGCAAGAAACACUAUUUAUGUUAUCGUUAAAUAGAUACAAUGUUUGUAUAAUGUUCUAGAUGAAAUGAGUUUGCCAAUUUAGACAUAUGUAUAGUGUCUGAAAACUUUUUUUUACAGUUGGACACCUAUCCUUCCUACUGCAGACCAAUUGACCUCCAUAAGUGGCGGGGCCUGCUGUUGUCAACCAGGUAAACUAAAGCAAGUAGAGUUAUGUACCUUCGUCUAGUUACUGGUACAAUGUUAAUUCUAGCUCAUUCAUUAUUCCAUGACUAAAUUAUUCCCUUGUGUAUAAGAUAUUGGAGUAUCAAUCCAUAGCUGCAAAUCCAUAUAAACAUUCAGGUCUCUGAAGCAGAGCCCUUUGACUUUAUACAUGUCAAUUCAUCAAACUGUGAAGUUAAUGGCAUCAAGUCAAGGAAUAUUAAAUUGUUCUGUUUAAAGCUAAA